AAAUCUAGUUGCUUGGUAACUCAAUUACAAAUGCAUGCAGGCUGACAAGAUGCAAGUGGCUCAGAGGAGAGAGGAACUGUACGGUCCACACAGGUCUGUCGGGAGAGAGACUGCUAAGAGACUGCAGCAAGAGGACCAUAUCAAAUUAAAUGUUUUGAGGGGAGCUGGGAUUGAUGAGUAUGACUCCAGUGAUGCCUUUGCUACAGUCUCCUCUAAAUCAUUCAGGGCCCAUUCAGGUAGCAAGUUGGUGCGGUCUAGUUGGGAUCCGAAUGCUCAGAAUGCCUCUCACCUUCAAUUUGGUUCUGACAACCCCCUCAUACCACACUCCUCUGUACUCAAAGAGGACUUUGGACCAAAGCCCCUCACCAAGUAUAAACAGCACCUUCCCAGUGGAUUCAACGUUACCAAUAUUCCAGAUAUGGCAGCCAGGUACCAGGACAAUAGGACAGUUGGACAGUCCCUUUACAACGCUGACUUUGAUGGAGACAAGUGUUAUGGUGAGUGGUCGUCACGAUUAAUCAAAGACGGUAAAAAAGUUGGACGAAGACAAAAGACAACUCUCUUCCAGAAGCGCACCCAUUUUGAGCUAGGAAGUGACCCUCCAUAUCUGGAAUCUGUUACAGGUAGUUCCUUUGCUGCUCACGGGACGCUAGGGAAAGCAUCUAGUGUCAGUGGGGAUGGGAACGGGAAAUCAAGUGUGUUCAGAGCAGAGGAUAUUGUCAGUAGUCGUGAGGAGGAGAGAGAGAGAUUUAUGUCCGUGCAGAGAAGAGAUUUCUUGACGUCAACCAACAAAAAAGAGGACAUCGAUGAGGCUAAUUCUGAAGGAGAGUUCACAGGAAGAAAUUACCAGACCUCCACACACUUCCAGUUUGGGGACAGCCUGGAGCCAUCCUCAUCCAUCUACAACCGAGAUUUCAGCAGCGAGGAAGUGAAAACCAGCAGGAAAAUGCUGCCAGCCCAUCCCCCUUCUUCAUCAAAGGUGAUGCACGAGUUUCCAGUAGUGGCGAGUGGUGUGACAACCAGUCGAAGGGAUUUUGUCAAACAUGAUAUCUUAACGAAGGAGAAACAGAGACUGACCAGCCUCAGGGCAAACAAAGAGAGGCAGUCAGAGUUGGCAGUUGAGCUGAAAACAGAUAGCCAGGAUAAAAUCAAAUCAGUAAUGACCAUGUCAUAUGGUGCCCCUCCCGUGGGCACAAAGCCCGCAACGCCUAUCGAUCGUACCCCUAAGAACUACCACCAUCUGGAGAGCAAUCGAGCUCUGUUGCACCCCCCAGUGGGGGCUUACUGUUCGGAGGUACAAGGGAAUUUCACAACCCCCCUGUCUGGACCUGAGGAGUGUAUGAGUAAGAGGGUGUCGUCAUUUGGAGAGAGGACCACAAGAAUCUCUGAUAACAAGAACACACACUUUGUGCUCGGAUUUGAUGGCACUGUUGAUCAAAGUGAAAAGAUGGAAGAGUUUAGUAGCAGGCCGCCUGUUAAUCCAAACCUGCCUGCAGCUGGCAUAUGCAAUAUUCCCACUAAAGGCUACUCUGUUAUCGAGCACAAUGUUGAUGGUAUGGAGGAGGGCACGGAGAGUGUGGAGAGAUUGCAGGGUAUCCUACAGCAAAGGAACUAUCUCAAGAACAUGAAUCCCAGGGACCCACUCAACGUCAAUCUGCGUAAAGCAUUCCUGGAGUACGACAAGGACUUGUCUGGCUCUGUCAGCCGAGAGGAGGUGAAGCAGGUCUGCAAGGAGAUGGGGGUAGGCGUGGACGAAACUGACCUAAACGCCAUCAUUACCAGCUGUGACAAGAAUGGGACUGGUCAGAUUGACUACCAUGACUUUGCAUUGUGUCUCUCACGCCAACACCCUCCUCAGGGCUCUCUCGAUCACGCAAUCACCACAACAACUAGGAAAGAUUUUAAACACCCUGAGGCCCAAAGAAUGAAUCACAUGCAGCAGUUGAUGCUGCAGCUCAAUAAAAAGAAAAGUGUGCCUGUUCAGUCGACACAUUUUUUCCACUUAGAAUCUCAAGGCAAUUAUUUAAUGUCUACCACAAGGAAAGAUUUUACCAAGCCAGAAGAACAAUAACUGUGUAGUCUAUAUACCUAGCUAGAGUUAUUAUUGUAGAAAUUUUAUUUCCGUUGUGUGUAGACGAGGUGGCCGAGUGGUUAAGGCGAUGGACUGCUAAUCCAUUGUGCUCUGCACGCGUGGGUUCGAAUCCCAUCC